AGUGAACAGCUCAACAUGCACUUCAUUGAGCUUUCCUUCAUAGCUGGCCAAGUCCUCAUGGUGUCAGAUUUUCUUUUUACAGACGUCACAGAGAUGGUCUGUUGGGAUGGUGUAGAUGACAGCACCUUAACUACAGUCAUUGGACAGGGAGUGCAAAAAGAGAACGGUCAGGACAACAGAAAUACCCCUGAAGAUAAACCUGUCCAGCGCUCCAAAUCCUUCAGCUUCAAGACACCGAGGGAGGUGUGCUCGUCAUGUGAGAAGACUGUCUACCCCAUGGAGAGAUUGGUGGCUAACAACCUGAUAUUCCACUCGGCCUGUUUCUGCUGCAAACACUGCAACACCAAACUCAGCCUGGGCACAUUUGCUGCCCUUUCGGGGGAUUUCUACUGCAAGCCGCACUUCCAGCAGCUCUUCAAGAGCAAAGGCAACUAUGAUGAGGGCUUUGGCCGCAAGCAACACAAGGAGCUUUGGACCUCCAAGGAGGGAGAGAACAUAACUAAGACUGCGUAGCCACGCCUGUCUGUGUCCCAACCGCUCUCCCACGGGAAAGGCUAUACAGACACUCCUGACCUGCAAACCGACUUUUAUUUUCAGAAUUGUUAACGGUCAGGGUUAGUUUUAGAUUUUGGGUAGUUUUGCAGGUCAGCAGUAUCCUACUGGCAAUUCCCAUCUCAUCCCCAAAGCUGCCUCUUCUCCACCUCCAACUUGUCAUAAAGAGCACCAACGUGUCAUAAAGAGCACCAACGUGUCAUAAAGAGCACCAACGUGUCAUAAAGAGCACCAACGUGUCAUAAAGAGCACCAACGUGUCAUGAGGGGUGCAGUCAACACUCCUGUGCUCUUGCGCCACAUGGAAGACACACCCACGAUGACUGGCCAGUCGCCCCCUGUUGCUCGACAUUUUAUUUAAUGGAGCGUUUAUUCCUUUAAUUUGGUUUUAGUAUCAUUUUCAUUUUACAUUUGCUCUUUUGAAAUUGUUGAUUGUGACCAAACUGCUUAUUCACAAACCAGUGGUAUGUUUUUGCUGUCUUUUUGAGGACUACAUAUCAUUGUUUCUUGUUUAUUUUUCGGAUAAAUUUGCACCCUUUUGACGCAACAGGUGCAAGGGACCGUAUGCUCAGGUGAACAUAUGGUUAGAGAAGCUGGAGUUCACUCUCAGCUGUAGAGCAUACUCAGGUCAACCAUACUGAGCUAGGUUCAUUAGCAAGUUUGUAUUUUAUGACCUCCUUUUCAGUUCCAUAUCGUCAAUUAAAUCUAACACCAAUUUUAAAGACCAGUCCUCUGCAUUGCGGUAGCACCGGCAGAAGCCCAUUUGUGAGUUUGUCAGGGUUCACUUAUCUGAGAAACAAACACGGUACUGUCACACGUUCUCUCUCUGGGUACAUUUAGUUGAAUUCUGUCUCAUUGUUCAAAUGUUUUUUUUGCUCCUAUGAUCUGAAUGGCUGCUAGGUUUCAGUUCUGCAUGUUUGUCCUGUAUGAGUCUUAGCUGUACCUUUAGUCUGUACUGCCCUCCUGUGUUCUGGAUGACUUUUUAAAACUAAUCUGCUUCAUUGACUCUUAAUCUCACUUUACUGGUUUUAAAAUGCUCUCUUUGCUCUGUUAUUUGCUGGGUUUGACGGUCAUGCGAUAAGUUGCUCUCACUCGUAGAGGCUUUUUAGUCUUUAUUCUGAAUAUGAGAAGUAUCUCAUAGGUGUUGUACAUAGCUUGUGCUUAGUGAACAUAUCACACUAUACUGUGCACAUAUGACCAUGCAUGUUAACCAGACAAGUCAAUGUUUGAUUGACAGGGAACAUAGCCUAACAGGAAACCACAACUGUUAUGCUAAUAUCCCCUGCUGCUUCCUGUCCAUGCAGAGCUGCCUGUUCAUGUACUAAAUUGGGCUAAGUUGGUGUGUAAAACUAAGCGGGACUUUUGGAUCUUUCAAAACAACUGUGAACUCUGGUGGGGGAAGAAAUCCCUACGUCUGUGAUCUGCCAGUUGGGAAAGUCAGCUCUAGAAAGAGGCCCGAGUUCCUGACGCAGAAUUAUGAGUUGGAUGACUGUUUCGAAAAGAAAAUCCAUCUGUUUUUUUUCUUUGGGUUCCCUGUUGUCUUGAAUGCUCGAAAGUCUGAGAAUUCCGUGUUCUGAAUGUGGCAGAAAUUCACAUAUGACUGUGAUGUCCUGACGGGGCCACAAGUGAAAUCACAUAAUGUAAAAAAAUGUAUAUAUGAUCGUGCUUCUCCAGUGACAUCACAUCUGCGAACAUAAAUAUCUUCUUUUUUUUUAUAUAAAUGCCUCAUGGCUUUCUUGUCUCGACUGCAUCACGUGAGCAGAGGUGGUGGAUUUGUGAAGAUGGUUCACUUCAGGCCGUUUACCAUUAGAGGGGAAAAUUGUCAGUUUCAGUCUGCUGAACAGGGUGGAUCUCAUCGACACCAAUGUGAUAGAUAGCAGCUGGGUCUGGUCUACUUUAUUGACUAAUGUCAAUAAAGAGUGAGGGAGUGGGAUGUCUCGCUGCUGCUUCAUCUUUGAUUUUUGAGCACCAGGACUAAGUACUAUAUGAGGGGUGGGUGCUAACAGGGAAUGUUUGACCUGGGGCAUGUUCAGGGGAAUUCCUACGCAGUGAGUAAAGCCCAGGCCUACAGUGCUCUGAACCUCAGAGUAGCGCCUCCUGGUGGGAGAAGAGAGGUAGGAAAUGCUUGAGUCAGUUCAGCCAGUCCCAGUAAAGGCUUGAGAUAUUACAUAUCACACAAUUGUCAAACACAUUUGCCCCCAGUAAUUUCUUCUGUAUAGCUUUUACUCAUUGUUUAAGAUGUGGGACUGGCCUCGGGAUAAAACGGUGUGCUACAGGUAUUUUUAGGUUGAAAAGAUCGAAAGCAACACCUGCUUUGGCCAACAAACUCAAUAGACAAGAUUUUUUUUUUUUUCAUUCUUGCUUUAGAAUGAGACUAAAACCAUUGAAUUACAUCAUUUGGGAAGUAUUCAAUGCCACAACACUUGAAUGACUCAAUGUAUAUUGUGAUGGAAAGUUUACUGUGAAUUAUAGACUGGGUAGUUUGAGCCCUGAAUGCUGAUUGGCUGAAAGCUGUGGUUUAUCAGACCGCAUACCACGGUUAUGACAAAUCACUUAUUUUUACUGAUCUAAUUACAUUGGUAACCAGUUUAUAAUAGCAAUAUGGCGCCUUAGGGGUUUGUUAUGUUGGGCAUAUACCACACCUCUGGCUUCAUUGCUUAAUUAGAGCAUGCUGUGCAGAAUAGGAAAUAAAAUGUUACGUUUUGUAAAGUAAAGCCUUAGAAAUCAAUGGCAAAAACCAUGGCCUAACAUUAUUGCAUUUUCAAAACAAUUUUUAUUUGUAAUUUUUUUUUAGUGCACAUACCUUUCUCCCUGUUCCAGCCUAUUCCCCAGUGAAUGAAAAGAAUCCUUCUGCUUGUUUUCCACUUAGUCCCUGUGGUGGAUAUGAGUGGUUUCACUCAGCCAGAGGUUUACGUACCCACUCAUCCUCCACUCUCCUGAAUGCUUUUCAUUUGCUCAGUACAUUUCCUCAAGUUUGUAAAGUUAUCUAUUUGUUUUUAACAUUUUGUAACAGUCCUCGAGACCACCCAGAGUGCUUUGUAACCAAGAACAUCAUAUCAAAUAAAACUGUGUCCAUAUAUUCUGUAAUAUGUGAGGAGUGUGCCAAGGUACAAUGGCGUUAUCCUGUGAAUAAACUUUCGUUGUAUAUAUAGAGAGAAAAAAAGAGGUACACUUUUCCAUACUUGUACCAGGAGGCUCAGGUCUGAGAGCUGUGUGACUGUCUGUGUUCUGCAAGUCAUGUAGUUGUGUGCAAAAUUGGAUGUAGACUUAACAUUUAUUUUUCAAAGCAGGUGUCACUGUUGUCAAAAUGUAAAUGUAUGCAUUUAAAAACAAAACAUUCUGUAUAACUUAACCUGUGGAUGGUGACCUUGCAAGCAAAAGGACGUUUUAGCUCUUACUCGUCUUUCACCUCUACUCUCCUCUCCUUCUUUUGGAUUAUUACUCCAGUUAAAUUGUGUUGAUGAAGAACAUGAUUAUAAAUGUGAUUUGUCCCCCCACACAUCCACACAAUCAAAUGUAUUUGGUUUUAUUUUCUUUCAGUUUAUUUACAUUUUUUACAUGCUUUUGGAAAAAUAAAUGAAGAUGCUGAUGUU